GGGAUGGAAAUGCUGUAAAAUUGGGUUGUGAUCAUCAUUGUACAACUAUAAAUGUAAUGAAAUUCAUUCAGUUUAAAAAAAAACAAUGAGUGGAAAAUAAAUGUAAGCUGGUGAGUAGAACUAAUGUAUUUCUCUCUCUUCCAGAACCUGGCCGAAGGAGGCAAGAUAGAAAAGAGAACAGCCUAGAAUCUAAGCCUUCUCCUAAUGUAAACUCUUGCACCAGGAUGGAAGGGGACUCUUACCACAAUGCAACCACCAUCAAUGGCACCCCCGUGAAUCACCAACCUUUGGAACGCCAUGGGUUGUGGGAAGUGAUCACCAUCGCAGCUGUGACGGCUGUGGUGAGCCUGAUCACCAUUGUGGGCAAUGUCUUAGUCAUGAUCUCCUUCAAAGUCAACAGCCAGCUGAAGACAGUUAACAACUAUUAUCUGCUCAGCUUAGCCUGUGCAGAUCUCAUCAUUGGGAUCUUCUCCAUGAACCUCUACACGACAUACAUCCUCAUGGGACGCUGGGCUCUCGGAAGUCGCUGUGACCUUUGGCUUGCACUGGACUACGUGGCCAGCAAUGCUUCUGUCAUGAACCUUCUGGUGAUCAGUUUUGACCGUUACUUUUCUAUCACAAGACCGCUGACGUAUCGGGCCAAGCGUACCCCAAAGAGGGCUGGCAUCAUGAUUGGCUUGGCAUGGCUGAUCUCCUUCAUCCUCUGGGCCCCAGCGAUCCUCUGCUGGCAGUACUUGGUUGGGGAACGAACGGUACCACCAGAUGAGUGCCAGAUCCAGUUCCUGUCUGAGCCCACCAUCACUUUCGGCACGGCCAUUGCUGCCUUCUACAUCCCUGUUUCCGUCAUGACAAUCCUCUACUGCCGAAUCUACCGGGAAACAGAGAAGCGAACCAAGGACCUGGCUGAUCUCCAGGGCUCUGACUCAGUGGCUGAAGUGGAGAAGAGCAAGCCAGCUCACAAGGUGCUGCUCAGGUCCUGCUUUAGCUGCCCUCGGCCCCCACUGGCCCAGAGGGAAAGGAACCAAGCCUCUUGGUCAUCCUCCCGCAGGAGCACUUCCACCCCUGGGAAGCCCUCCCAAGCCUCUUGCCCGAGCACUGAGUGGGCCAAAGCCGAGCAGCUAACCACCUGUAGCAGCUACCCCUCCUCAGAAGACGAGGACAAGCCCACCACUGCCCCUGUCUUCCAAGUGGUCUACAAGAGCCAGGCCAAGGAAAGCCCGAGGGAAAAAUUCAGUGCUGAAGAGACCAAGGAAACUCUUGCGAACGCUCAAACUGAAAAAAAUGACUAUGACACCCCCAAAUACUUCCUGUCUCCAGCUUCGGCUCAGCGACCCAAGAGUCAGAAAUGUGUGGCCUAUAAGUUCCGGUUGGUAGUAAAAGCUGAUGGGACCCCAGACACCAACAACGGAUGUCACAAGGUGAAAAUCAUGCCCUGCUCCUUCCCAGUGUCCAAGGACCCUUCAACCAAGGGCCUCGAUCCCAGCCUCAGCCAUCAGAUGACCAAACGAAAGAGGAUGGUCCUCGUCAAAGAGCGGAAAGCAGCCCAGACCUUGAGUGCCAUUCUCCUGGCUUUCAUUAUCACGUGGACCCCUUACAAUAUCAUGGUCCUGGUUUCCACCUUCUGUGACAAGUGUGUCCCAGUCUCUCUGUGGCACUUGGGCUACUGGUUGUGCUACGUCAAUAGCACUGUCAACCCCAUCUGCUAUGCCCUCUGCAACAGAACCUUCAAAACCUUUAAGAUGCUGCUUCUCUGCCGAUGGAAAAAGAAAAAAGUGGAAGAGAAGUUGUACUGGCAGGGGAACAGCAAGCUCCCCUGAAGAGUAACAAUUCCCCUCAAAGAAUAAAGAGGUCUACUGCCUCUUAGGAGGAGGCAGGGGCCAGCUGAUUCUGGUUAACUUUCCAAAAAGACAUCUGUCCUUUUGAGUCCCUGAGGACUUUGUAAAGGCUCCAGGUCUGUCACCAAAAGGAAGGUGUCACAGCUGCCACAAUCACUGCUGUAUUGAGUGAUCUUGUCUAUGACCAGGGUCACCUGAUGCCACUGGGGUUUGACACCAAAGUAAAGAGACAGAUUCAUGGUCCUUCGCAGGAGGAGGCAUGCUGGACACAAUGAACAAAGACUGAGGGAGCUUCUGUUUAACCUUCUGUGGGGAAUGGUGGAGACCAGGUGGAAACCUGUCCAUUUUGUGCAAUAUGUGUCUAUGAAGAUGUCUCAUUUCAGUAAGAACCAGGAGAAUGUAAGUCAGUGCCACCUGUUAACAGAGUGAUAUUCAACUGGCUUCUAAGACUCUCUUUCUUUAUAAACUGAUCAGUACUUAUUACGCAGCUACUAUGUGCUCUGUACAGUGGUAUGUUUUCCUGUCUUUGCCUCUGAAUGAAGCUCUUGCUCUUCCUUUUCACAACUGAUGCCAAUUCCUGGUCCCCACAGAACAACUCUUCCUCUCCGAAUCCUGGGUCUGGAAGGACAUUGAAACCUGAACACCGAGUCCUACAGAGGGCCUCUAUUCUGCUAAUAAAGAUGAUCAGGUCUCCAUAGUCAGUUAUUUUGUUUUUAACAGUGGGAAUUUUUCCUUUUCUCUAAAAAAUUCCAUAUUCUAGUUUGUGCCCAUUUGAACCCAUUUACUUAUGCUGUUCUUAGGAGGACUAGCUAUACAACAGCCCUGCACUGGGAAAGACCUUCUCCAGUCCAUUUAAUCAUGGUUCUCUUAAACUGUUUUCAGAAGUCUUACUUUCUAAUCUCUUUAGAAGGCAAACCUGAGGCAAAAAAUGCAAAACAAAUUUGGUUUCACUUCAUGCUUUUGAACCUCUUCCCAGCUCUUUUGCAGGCCCUUGUCCAGACCCCCAGUUCACACCCAGGCACAUGCAGGUAGGUCACUGUGCCGCCUCCAGCCAGAAGUGGCAUUUGGAGGGACAGUGGGGGUAAGGCUUUAAAAAAAUAGGUCCUUCAAAUCAUGGCUCAGAAAUGACUGACUUAUUCAUUCCUCUACAGAUUCACAAAGAUGAGAAGCCCAGAAAAAUGCAGUUGAGGUCCAGUGAAGCUGGCUAUGGUCAUUAAAAAUUACCAGAUUUUCUUAAAAACAAAAUGUAAGUCACAAUAAUGCAUAAAAAUAAAAGUUAUGAGCAUACAUUUAAGCAUCAGGAUUAUCCAAAAACCAAAUUCUAAUUGAGAUCUCUGUAUAUAAACGAACGGAAUCUAAGAGCUUUCUUGGAUAAUUCUGAAAAUAAACCAAUGUGCAAGAAACUGAAACUAUACCAUAGGGCAUAAAACCAAUGAACAGUCCACAGAGAAGGCAGCAGUAGAGCACACAACGAGGAUGUUAAAGAUGAAGCACUCCUGUCACACGACGCUUGCUUAUUAUUUAACCUGUUGAUUACACUGUGGUUGUGUUUAAAGAUCUCUGGGCUUCUUUUCACCUAAUGUGGGCCAGUUCUUUUUCAGCCUUGUUUGCUAAGGGGAUGUAAAAACAACUGGUUAAGUUGUCCUGGGAAUUCAGUAUGUACUUGAGAGGAGAGUCUCAACCUUCCACUGGAGAGUGAAUGGGCCUCUUCCACUUGGAACUUCCCCAAAGUCCCAACGAGGCUUUAGGAAAGUGGAAACCCAGGCUUCCCCAGCCCAGUAGGUACUUGGAUGUUGAGAUGAGACAGCUUAGAAGUAAUGUAGCUACUGAACCUUUUCAAAAGACAGGUUGACACCCACCAAGAAUUUGGUAGAGAAUGUUAAUUAACUGGCUCAAUUCACCAGGACAGAGGCUUCCAGGUCUCCAAGAUGCCAACAGAGUGUGACUUCAUCAGCAAACCUGCUCCACCAGCUCUAGAUAAACUUAAUUCUUUAAGGUUUUGUCUCCUGACAAGAAUGGAAAUCCCUCCAAGAAAAUAGCAUGUUGAGCACAUUCACUGUUCAUAGUCAAGAGAGAUACAUGCUUAUUCAAAGCAAAGAACACAGAAUGGAGGAGGGAGGGCUGCUGAGGGCACACUUUUCUCAUUCCACAAUUGCCUAGAACUUAGCCUUUUUUGUUCUCCUUUUGUGAAAUGAAUUGAGAGGCCUCUCCCUCUUUCAUCAUGGGCUUUGGGAGGCAGCCAGUUAUGCAGACCACCUAUGCACCUUGACAAAGACAAACAUAAUGCCCCAAACUACUACAGGAAACUAGGCUUUUUAGAAUUGGGCCCCUGGUGGGGUCCUGAGAAUGAAUAGAUCCAACUGUAAACUACAGGGACCAAAAUGGGUGGAUGGGUGAGGUGUGGGCUGACGUCUGGAUCUUAGCCCUUCUUAUGCCCCACCUCCAAAGCUCUGUCUAUGAUGAACUGUGUGCAUCUUUGAUUAGUUGCCUUUUGGGUGCUGCUAUGUUGCUAGCAUUAUGCUUUGUUUCUCCUUGGCUAUGAAUUUGAUGGCUUGUCCAGGAAGCUGUUUUCAAAACAAUUUUUUGGUUAAAGCACUUUAUCAAUAUUCCUGGCUUCUGCUUUGCUCCUUUGGUGAAUGUCCUUUGAGGGUGAUGCUAAUAUUCAGCUCUUUGUCAUUGUGAAAUCUGUACCUAAUUUCUAGAUUGGAAAAUCUAGUUGUCUACUGUAAAUAACUGGAAUUACAGCAAGGGUUGUGGGGGCUGGGCUGCUUUUCUGUAUUGUACUAUCAUUAUCCUGGAUAUUAAAGAAAUUUAACCACAGAGUAGUUCAAUGAAAGGUGUUUAAAUAAGCAAACGGUCUCAGGUGAACUUGACAGAUCCAUCUAUGUUAGAGAUUUCACACACACUUGCAUGGCUUGGCCUUUUGAGAGGAGAGGGGUUGAUAUACAAUGUGGAUACAUGUCCCUCUUGCCAUCUUUGUGAUUUUCCCCUUUCCUCUCAGUUACCAAUGACUAAAUUAAGAUAAAAUAAUGAUGACAAGAUUCCUGUGACCACAGUGCUUCCAUUCGACUCAAGGACAAGGAGGGUGAGGUAGACCUCAAACUGCUGCCCUUCAGCCAGUACAGACCCUGCAACCAAACAGAUCAGCAGCAUUUCUUCUCUUCAAAGAGCUGGUUUCCCGGUCAUUUCACUCCUGUUGUAAGUGAUACUAACUCCCAUCUCCCCUACUAAUUUCACCAGUAAACUUUGAGAUUAUAUAAAUUCUUGCUGAUAAGAAUCCAAGAUUAAGAGUAGAAGGCAGCAGGGAAAUAUGUUUUUUAAGUAUCCAGGAAGGAACCAGAAGAAACAUUUUUUUAAAACAUAAAACUACUUUUUUGAAAUAAUUUCAAACUUAGAGAAAAGUCACAAUAGCACAAAGAACUUUGAUUUCCUUCACCCACAUUCCCCAAUUAACAUUUUGCCACAUCUGUAGUGUGUGUGUGUGUGUGUACCCUUUUUUUUCCUCAACCAUUUGGAGUAAAUUGCAGAGACAUCAUGUCCAUUGACCUCUAAAUACUUUAGUGGUUAUUUCUUAAGAACAA